AUGGCUCAACAAUUAUUAGAAAAUGACGAGCUUCAAGAAGACGAAUUGACCACAGAAAUACAAAAAAAAUAUGUAUUAAAAAUUGGUGAUGUCUCACAAUUUUUAAAACAAGACUUACCACUUGAAUUAUUAACGCCUAAAUCGAAAAACCUAUUCCAAAGGUUCCAACUAAGCAUGGAGUUCUUACAUCAAAAUCCAGAAAAUUUGCCGAAUAUCGAUAGUUAUAUAGAGGCCAAGAAUAUUUGA